AUGAGAACUUUUUGGACUGCGUGUUCUACUUGCAGGGUUUUGCAUCAGUUUGAGAGAAGGUAUUUGGGUCAUAAGCUUGUUUGUCCUGGUUGUAACAAGAGUUUUAAGGCUGUUGAAGCUGUUGAGGAUGAUGGGUCUGGGGAGGAAGAAGAGGUUGACACUUUGAGGGAUUUUAUGUUGAAGAGUAAGAAGAGAAAGAAGAAUGGGAAAAUGGGCCGUGAAAAAGGUGAGAGCUUUAAGGGUGAUGGUGAAAAAGGUGUGAGCUUUAAGGGUAAUGAUGAAGUGGGUGUUGAUGGGAGAAUGAGGAAGAGAACACGUUUGGUUGGGGAGGUUUUGGAGGAUUCUGACUCCAAGAGGGUUGUUGGGAAUGAAGAGGAAACAAUGACAUUGGCUGAAUUUCAAUUGAAAGUGAAGACUAAGAGAAAGGGUGAGAAAGAGAAAAUGAAGGGUUUGGAAAUUAACAUGGGUUUUGAAGUCAAGGAGAAGAAGAAUGAGGAUUCUGUGAAUAGAAAGGGUGAGAAAGAGAAAAUGAAGGGAUUGGAAAUUAACAAGGGUUUUGAAGUCAAGGAGAAGAAGAAUGAGGAUUAUGUGAAGAGAAAAGAGUUGAGACUGGAGAAGCAUAAGGAUUUUAGUGGAGAUGAAUUAGAAGCUAUGGUGGUUGGGGAUUCAGAUUUUUAUGAUUUUGAUAAAGAUAGAGUGGGGAGGAGUUUUAAGAAAGGUCAAGUUUGGGCUGUGUAUGAUGGUGAUGAUGAUGGAAUGCCAAGGCAGUAUGCUUUGAUUGAUGAAACUGUUUCGGCGAAUCCUUUUCUAGUGAGGAUAAGUUGGUUGGAUUUGCAGAACAACGGGGAUGAAAAGAUUGUUACCAGGGAGAAAUUAGGGUUUCAUAUACCUUGUGGGAGGUUUAAAAUUGCUAAGAAGACUACAAUUAAUUCAGUAAAUGUUUUUUCUCAUGUUGUGGACUGUGAUCGAGCAGCGUGCGAGGUUUACAAAAUUUAUCCUAAGAAGGGUUCAGUUUGGGCGCUUUAUAAUGAGGCGAGUUCUGAUGGAGGUGAAGGCAAAAGAUACUAUGAUAUUGUUGUGUUUUUGACAAGUUACAGUGAGAUGAAUGGUAUGAGCAUGGCGUUUCUUGAGAAGGUUGAUGGUUACAAGACAGUGUUUAAAAGACAGGAGAGUGGGAGCCAUGCUGUUAGAUUUCUAGGGAAGGAUGAAUUUUGGUUACUUUCUCAUCAGAUUCCUGCACAGAAGUUUCCCUGCGACGAAGCUCCUGAAUUGUUGAAAGACUGUUGGGAGCUUGAUCCAGCUUCACUUCCUUCGGAUUUACUAACUAUUGGUGGAAUAGAUAAUUGA